AUUUUUUAUUUUUCAAUUUGGAACGCUCUCUGCGUUAACACCGAGAGGUCAGUGGCUCAGUAGCUGCUUGAGCUCUGUUGAGUAGCCAUGGCUUCUUCCGUGGUCAAAGCAGGCACGCUCUGUCCCCUUCACUCCCAAGUCAAACAAUUUCCUUCCAUCAAUUCCUCACUCAUCCCCACAAAGCUCACCGGUUUUCACUUAUUCCGCACCAAUUCUGUCACUCUCAGACGUUCUUCGCGAAACGCUUCUCUUCUUCCUCUAAUUAGAGCCCAAACCUCUCCUGAUUAUAUUCCGGAUUCCAAGUUUUACAAAGUGGAAGCAAUUCUGAGGCCAUGGAGAAUCCAAAACGUUUCUUCUGCACUACUGAAAAUGGGUAUUCGCGGUGUAACUGUUUCUGAUGUCCGUGGCUUUGGUGCGCAAGGCGGUUCAACAGAGAGGCAGGGUGGUUCUGAGUUUUCUGAGGGGAAUUUUGUUGCUAAAGUUAAAAUGGAGAUCGUCGUGAGCAAAGAUCAGGUUGAAGCAGUAAUAGACAAGAUAAUUGAGGAGGGAAGGACUGGAGAGAUUGGUGAUGGCAAGAUAUUCUUGGUGCCUGUCGCAGAUGUAAUCAGAGUUCGCACUGGUGAACGUGGGGAGAAGGCAGAGAGGAUGACGGGAGGAUGGUAUGAGAUGUCGGCUGCCACAUGACCUAUGUGUCAUUUAAUCAUUCCUUCUUCUCAGAUCCACCUUUCCUCUUUUAGACCUAAAAAGAAAUCAAUGCUUUGAAGCCUCCAACUGUUGUUGGAUGAAGGAGAAAAUAAAGUUUAGACACUAGUCUUGUAACUUCUCUUUUGUAGAAUCCUGAAAACAAUCCUUGAGCUGAUAUUGUCGAUGAAUUUUCUUUUCUGGCAUCCAAUCUUGAAUACAAGUGUGGACUUCUCUCUCAAGUGACAAAAAGAAAUAAAGACUUUCAGUAGGCUCCUUGUAUCA